AUGUGCACCAUCCUGACCAACUGCUGCUUCAUGGCCAUGUCAGAACCAGCGUACUGGGCCAAGUACCUGGAGUACACCUUCACAGGCAUCUACACCUUCGAGUCGCUCAUAAAGAUCCUGGCCAGGGGGUUCUGCGUGGGACCGUUCACCUUCCUGAGGGAUCCGUGGAACUGGCUCGACUUCAGCGUCAUCGUCAUGGCAUAUGUGACUGAGUUUGUGGACCUGGGUAAUGUGUCAGCCUUAAGGACGUUCAGGGUGCUGCGAGCGCUCAAAACCAUCUCGGUCAUCCCAGGCCUGAAGACCAUCGUCGGCGCCCUGAUCCAGUCGGUGAAGAAGCUCGCCGACGUCAUGAUCCUCACCGUCUUCUGCCUGAGCGUCUUCGCCCUCAUCGGUCUGCAGCUCUUCAUGGGAAACCUGCGGCAGAAGUGCGUCCGCAGCACAGCGCACUGCAUCAACGGCAGCCUGCCGGCCAACGCCUCCUUCUACUGCAACAACAAGACCUGGACCUCCCUCAAGGACUUCAUCGACGACGAAGACAACUUCUACAAGGUGGAGGGAGCCAAGGACGCCUUAAUCUGCGGGAACAGCAGCGACGCCGGGAAAUGUCCGGACGGGUUCGACUGCCUGAAGGCGGGAAGGAACCCGAACUACGGCUACACCAGCUUCGACACCUUCGGCUGGGCCUUCCUGUCGCUGUUCCGCCUCAUGACCCAGGACUACUGGGAGAACCUGUACCACCAGACGCUGCGCUCGGCCGGUAAGACCUACAUGGUGUUCUUCGUGGUGGUGAUCUUUCUGGGCUCCUUCUACCUGGUCAACCUGAUCCUGGCCGUGGUGGCCAUGGCCUACGAGGAGCAGAACCAGGCCACCAUUGCCGAGGCCUGCCAGAAGGAGCGCGAGUUCCAGCAGGCCAUGGAGCGGCUGAAGAAGGAGCAGCAGAAAAUCCUCGACUCCGACUCGAUGAUGUCACCGGACCUCUCGCCCUUCGGCCCGCCAUUGGACGUCCUGGAGGAGCGGAGGCGGAGCCAGGCGCUGGUGGGCGUGGCCGACGUGGAGGUGAACCUGUCGGAGGAGAAGCUGCUGCAGGUGGACAUGAUGGACGGAGGAAAGCCCCUCCACCCGCUGCUCGCUCGGUCCUUCUCCUCCAGGACUCGGAGAAGCAGUCAGGUUUCCUCCAUCUUUAACUUCCGUCUGAGGAGUCGGGGGUCGGAGGGCGAGAUGGCCGACGACGAGUACAGCGUCCCGGGCGACGUGGUGGAGGGCGUCGGCGGUCGGACCUACAGCGGCGGCACCUUCAGCGGCAUCCUGCCCCAUCCGUGGCCCAAACGGAGGCCGAGCACCUACAGCACGGCCAGCCGGAGCUCCCAGGUGUUCUAUCCGACGCUCAACGUCAACGGGAAGCUGUUUGUGGCCAUGGAGCAGAACGGGGUUUCCCCGCCGCCACUGCAGGGGCAGCUGUCGGGCUGCACCAUGGAGAAGGUCAAGGAGGAGAGUGUGCCGACGUCGACCACGGAGCUCAGCACGAUGCUGCUGCCGCGGCCUUCGUCCACGCAGGACUCGGAGCGGCGGGGACGAGCUCUGAGCGCCGCCAGCUACCUGACCGACGCCAUGGAAGAGCUGGAGGAGGCCCACAAGAAGUGCCACCCCUGCUGGUACGUGUUCGCCCACCGCUACCUGGUGUGGGAGUGCUGCCCCUGCUGGCUGAGGGUGAAGCAGCUGGUGAAGGUCAUGGUGAUGGACCCGUUCCUCGACCUCGCCAUCACCGUCUGCAUCGUGCUCAACACGCUCUUCAUGGCCAUGGAGCACUACCCCAUGACCGACGAGUUCAACGGCAUGCUGAGCAUCGGGAACCUGGUGUUCUCGGGGAUCUUCACGGCUGAGAUGGUGCUGAAGAUCAUCGCCCUGGACCCGUACUACUACUUCCAGACGGGCUGGAACAUCUUCGACAGCAUCAUCGUGUGCCUCAGCCUCAUGGAGCUCGGCCUGUCCGACGUCGAGGGCCUCAGCGUUCUACGUUCCUUCAGGCUGCUGCGAGUCUUCAAGCUGGCCCGCUCGUGGCCGACCCUCAACACCCUGAUCAAGAUCAUCGGUAACUCCAUGGGCGCCCUCGGCAACCUGACGCUCGUCCUCGCCAUCAUCGUCUUCAUCUUCGCCGUGGUCGGCAUGCAGCUGUUUGGAAAAAACUACCAGGACUGCGUCUGUAAGAUCUCCAAGGACUGCGCUCUGCCUCGCUGGCACAUGAAGGACUUCUUCCACUCCUUCCUCAUCGUCUUCAGGGUUCUGUGCGGCGAGUGGAUCGAGACCAUGUGGGACUGCAUGGAGGUGGCCGGGCAGCCGCUCUGCAUCCUCGUCUUCAUGCUGGUCAUGGUCAUCGGGAACCUGGUGCUGCUGAACCUCUUCCUGGCUCUGCUCCUCAGCAGCUUCAGCUCCGACAACCUCUCGGCUCCGGACGACGACGGCGAGAUGAACAACCUGCAGAUCGCCAUCCACCGGAUCACCAGGGGCCUGGCCUGGUGCCGCCGACAGGUGGUGGACUUCUUCAACGGGAACCUGAAGCGCCGCCGGCAGAAGCGAAAGGAGGCCAAGGCCAUGAUGAAGCUGAAGCGCCUGAGCACGAUCCACAGCGAAGCCAACGGCGCCGUCAUAGACAGUGAACUCACCAUAGACAGUGAACUCACCACAGACUGUCCUAUGGUUACGUCAGACAGUGAACGCACCACAGACUGUCCUGCAGUUAUGUCAGACAGUGAACUCACCACAGACUGUCCUNAGAAGUACGUGGUCCCGGAGGACGACAGCUACAUGACCAACCCCAACCUGACCAUCAGCGUCCCGAUCGCUCCCGGAGAGUCGGACGUGGAGUUCCCCGAGGAGGAGGAGGAGGAGGAGGAGGAGGAGGCCGAGGAGGAGCAGAGCGACGACGAGAUCAGCCUAUCGGAGGGCAGCACGGUGGACCUGAGGAAGCCCGGCGAGGAGGAGGACGAGUACUCGGAGAUGGCCGAGGAGGCGAUGGACCCCGACAACUGUUUCCCCGACAUGUGCGUCGCCAGGUUUCACUGCUGCGACAUCGACACGACUGCGGGACUGGGCCAGAUCUGGUGGAGGAUGAGGAAGACCUGCUACCAGAUCGUGGAGCACAGCUGGUUCGAGUCCUUCAUCAUCUUCAUGAUCCUGCUCAGCUCCGGAGCGCUGGCCUUCGAGGACAUCUACAUCGAGCAGAGGAGGGUCGUCAAGGUGGUGCUCGAGUACGCCGACAAGAUCUUCACCUACAUCUUCAUCCUGGAGAUGAUGCUCAAGUGGCUGGCCUACGGCUUCAAGAAGUACUUCACCAACUACUGGUGCUGGCUCGACUUCCUCAUCGUCGAUGUGUCGUUGGUCAGUUUGGUUGCCAACACUCUGGGUUACUCCGACUUUGCAGCCAUCAAGUCGCUCCGGACGCUCCGAGCCCUGCGGCCCCUCAGAGCUCUCUCCAGAUUUGAAGGCAUGAGGGUGGUGGUGAACGCCCUGAUCGGGGCCAUCCCCUCCAUCAUGAACGUGCUGCUGGUCUGCCUCAUCUUCUGGCUCAUCUUCAGCAUCAUGGGCGUCAACCUGUUCGCCGGCAAGUUCGGCCGCUGCGUCAACCGCACCGGCCACAUCUACGACGCCUCCUUCAUCAACAACAAGAGCGAGUGCGAGGCGUUCAACGACACCUCGCUGUUCUACUGGAGCAAGGUCAAGGUCAACUUCGACAACGUGGGCGCCGGGUACCUGGCUCUGCUGCAAGUGGCGACGUUCAAAGGCUGGAUGGAGAUCAUGUACGCAGCAGUGGACUCCAGAGCCGUCGAGGAGCAGCCGAUCAAGGAGGUCAACCUGUACAUGUACCUGUACUUCGUCAUCUUCAUCAUCUUCGGCUCCUUCUUCACCCUCAACCUGUUCAUCGGCGUCAUCAUCGACAACUUCAACCAGCAGAAGCGAAAGAUAAGCUCCACGCUCUUCAUCUGUGUUUCAGGGAUCGUACUUGCUGACAUCAUUGAGAAGUACUUCGUUUCGCCCACCUUGUUCCGAGUGAUCCGAUUGGCCCGAAUCGGACGCAUUCUUCGUCUCAUCAGAGGCGCUAAGGGAAUCCGGACGUUGCUGUUUGCCCUCAUGAUGUCCCUUCCAGCUCUCUUCAACAUUGGACUCCUCCUCUUCCUCGUCAUGUUCAUCUACGCCAUCUUCGGCAUGGCCAACUUCGCCUACGUGAAGCGGCAGGCAGGGAUUGAUGAUAUGUUUAACUUCGAGACGUUUGGGAACAGCAUGAUCUGCUUGUUCCAGAUCACCACCUCAGCCGGCUGGGACAGCCUGCUUAGCCCCAUCCUCAACAACUCCCCCGAGGAGUGCAACCCCAACAUCCCCCACACCGGCACCACCGUCAGGGGCAACUGCGGGAACCCAUCGGUGGGCAUCACCUUCUUCGUCACCUACAUCAUCAUCUCCUUCCUCAUUGUGGUGAACAUGUACAUCGCCAUCAUCCUGGAGAACUUCAGCGUGGCGACGGAGGAGAGCACUGAACCGCUGAGCGAGGACGACUUCGAGAUGUUCUAUGAGGUCUGGGAGAAGUUUGACCCGGAAGCCACGCAGUUCAUCGAGUACGCCAAGCUGUCCGACUUCGCCGACUCGCUGUCGGAGCCGCUGCGCAUCGCCAAGCCGAACAAAAUCAAACUGAUCUCCAUGGACCUGCCCAUGGUCAGUGGGGACAAAAUCCACUGCCUGGACAUCCUGUUUGCCUUCACCAAGCGCGUCCUGGGCGAAUCGGGCGAGAUGGACGCCCUCAAGCAGCAGAUGGAGGAGAAGUUCAUGAUGGCCAACCCAUCCAAGAUUUCCUACGAGCCGAUCACAACAACUUUGAGGCGCAAACAGGAAGAAGUCUCCGCCACUGUCAUCCAGAGGUGCUACCGCAGACACCUGGUGAGGCGACAGAUGAAGGCCAAAGAAGGGCUGAUCGCCGCCAUGAUGAGGGAAAACUACGGCUCGAGUUUGUUAGGGAUGGAGCGCUCCGAGACCAUUUCCUCCACCUCGUCUCCGCCGUCGUACGACAGCGUGACGCGAGCGACGUCCGAAAUCUUUCACCCGCUCGCCGUCAAGACGGAGACGGUUGUUGACACUGGAGGCAGCGAACAGAGCGAACAGUCGGCGCUCGACACCGACAGACAGCAGGAAACGGUACCGUAGUGGGAACCGAAAAGCAAAAAAUUUUACAAAUGAGGAUUUUCUCGUUUUGGGUAAAGCCUGUUUGUUCUUUCGUUUACUGAAUGUACCACAGCUGAGGAGCACCGAGGAACGCU